AUGUCUCAACAGCUCGACACACUCUACUUCCCACUCCAACAUCUCUUACCGGAGCUUCAACAACAGGUCUUGAACUUUCUCGAUCCAAAAAGUCUUCUCUCCAUCCUCGUAUGCGAUCAACACUUUUACUUUCAAGUUGCACGAAAUGAAGCCUUCAAAGCAUUCCGAUUGAUGGCCAUGAUCCAAUUAGGUCCUGUCAUGUUUCGUGGCAACGCUAUCAAACUCCGAUCAGACAUGCCUACUGAUAUCUCUCUCGUUCGUUCAGCCAUUCAAUUCUUUCUCAACAAGAGUAAAUGGAUCAAUGGAGUGGACUUUAAUACUUGGAGAGCGCGAGCUUUUGCAUUUGACGAUGAGACAAGUCGCUCGAAUAUGUGUGAGCAUGAAACUUUGAAAAAACAAGUCGAUGAUUGUUUAUGCGAAUUAAUUCGACAUGUGAAAUUAUUUGAUUUGAAAGAAAUGGAAUUGACGGAUGAAGAGCUGAAAACAAUUCCUUAUGCAUUUUUGAGAAAUGAAUACAUGCAUUGGAGAAUAGCCAUUCAUACAUUUAGGAAUGCCAUGACCACUACUCUCAAAGGAUAUGAAAAGGAAGCAUUCAAUCGUGUCAAGCAUGAAAUUUAUGAACAUUUGGAUCAGUGUGCGAGUUUUCCACAUGGUCUCAAGGAAAUGGAUACCAUUGUUCCUGUGUUAAGAUAUGCAACCGACAAUUCGAGCGAUCUCUACACAAAAUUGCGUCAAUUCAUGUGGAGAGACCGAAAGGAACAUUUGGAACUUCAUGAAUUACUGAACACUGUAGUUGAGCAUGACAAGAUGAUUUACUUUUUAUUGAGAUUGGGUUUAUUGCCAUAUUCGAAUAUUCCAUUGAUAUAUCAAACCAAUAGAGAAGUCAUUCUGUUUGCCAUUCAAUACCAUGUGGAAGAUAAUGCUGCAUUUAAAAUGAAAGGAUUCUAUCGUCCGAACAAGAAAACUGUUUUUAGUGGAGUUGUUAAACUUGUUCCAGAGUUGGCGAAUGAUAAGGAGAUUAUUAAGACAGCUUUACUCUCGAAGAAGGAUGAGCUCAUUCAUUCCGUGUAUCAAACUUGUAUGUACGGAAAGAUUGAGAAUGAUCCACUGGGAGAAGAAGAUUAUCGCUUUUUAGGAAGCAUUGUCAAACAAUAUCCAAAAUUAUUGGACAUUUUAGUGAAUUACAAUAGAGAAUCAGCUCAAAAGUAUUCAUGGACAGAAACAGAUGUGAUGAAAAUUCUCAACUAUUGCCCCAAUGCUUACUCGGAAUUGAGUACUGAAAAAAUAGAAAUUACCGACAAGAAUUGGAGAUCUUUUAAACAUCAUCCCAAACUUGCAUUCCAUGCAGUCACGCUUAUGGGUGAAAAUUUAACAAGCGUAGCUUUCGACAAGACCUUCAAAGAUUCUACCGAGCUUGAACAUGUGAGAGAGCUCUGUGUGACAGCGGUCAAACAUUUGCAACAUCCAGUGACUGUCUCACAAGUCUUCUUUUCCAAAAUUCCAGAAGCACUUACAAAAGAUGUAGCGUUUCUAAAAGAAAUCAUUCCAAUAUGUCCCAAAUUAGGAUAUUUCAUUGAUGACACCUUUUUAGAGAAGGACUGGGAUUUAAUCAUGUUUUUGGCUCCUAUUGUUUCUGUUGUCGAUAUUCUCUUCAAACUUGGUUACAGCUGCUCCACAAGAAGCCAAGCAUGGGCUCUUCAAACUUUCAGCGACAAACGAGUUCACAAAAAGCCAGAUUUUCUUCUCGAUAAUCGAGAAUUUGCAUUGGCCACUCUGAAAUCCUUUCCUUUACAAUACAAUCGAUUCCCAUCUUAUAUUCAAGAAGAUCCAGAAGUUUUUAACAUUAUCAUGGAGAGCGGAUGUGACAUUUCAACUUUACCAGUUUUUUACAAAAAAGUCAAAGGAAACAAACAAUUGGCAGAAAAGGCCAUUCGAUUUGGAGCAAAUAUUUUCCUCUUUGAUGAGUGUAUUCAUAAUGAUCGAGAAUUAUUCAAAAUUGCCAUUGCUAUCGAUCCAAGAUUUUUGAACAUGAGUUCUAUAUUUACUGGUGACAAGGAAAUGGUCAUGUAUACCAUUGAAACAUGCAACAAGUGGAGAAACAUCCCUCCCAAUUUCAUGACAUUUAGUAGUUUGGAUGAAAAAUUAUUGCAAGAUCGAGAAGUGGUGAAAAAGGCAAUUUUAGAAACUGCCACCUUUGUCGAUGUUCAAAAUUUACCAAAAGAAUUUCAAAACGACAAGUUGCUAAUGAAAGCCACUCUCCUCAAGAAUGGGCAAGCGUAUCCACAACUUCCUGAUGAAUUGAAAAAUGAUUUGGAAAUUGCAGAAGCAGCGGUUCGAAGCAGUUGUAAAAAUUACAAUCAUUUACCUCAAGUGCUGCGAGAUCGGAGGGAAUUCUUUUUAUUGGCCGUUUCACGAGGAUUGACCCAAGUGUCACUACCCUUCCAAAUGAAACCUCAACAAGACGAUGAUGUCAAAUGGGAAAUUUAUUCUGAAGAGCCGUCAGAAAUUUUCGUGCGCUUGGUGUAA